ACGAGACACUUUAAAAUACUAGAUUUAGCAGCCGUCACAUUAGCUUAGAUAAUGGGAGAAUUUUUCUUCAUUGAAAAUGCUCUCUGUCGCUUAAGAACUUACUGAGGCAGCCUGCCAUCUAGCUUUUUCACAGAAAAACAGGCUUGCAGACUGCAGAUGAGAGAGUCUGGAGCAGAGACAGUUUUAACUUAGCCAUUCCUAAUUUAUCUCAAGCGUUUUCAAUUCAUCUUCACUGCUCUGUGCACACAGGAACACCAGAUUGCCAUCCCUGGGGAACAGAACGCAACCGGGGAUCUAGAGAGCUGUCACAUUCCAAGAAAUAUUUAAAUUGUGCUGGUUUUCUUCUGGAGAGCUGAGCCCAGGGAAUGAAACUCUCCAUCCAGUCGUAGCUUUGCGGGCAAUAGAUCAGAGGAUAUUGCCAGGCUCCUAAUGGAUUAUUGUUAUCGGGCAGGUUUUCUCUGAAGAGUCCUGAUGUCUCCCAGAUCCUAGGCUAAUAUCCAAAGGGAUUGGAGAUCAGCCAGAUCAGUUGUGUGCACAAAGACACCUUGGAUCUGUCUUUUAAAUCAGCAAUUCCAUCCACAGAAUGGUACAGCAAGGUUGAAGCAUCAUUCCAUCUGGGUGACAAUAGCUUUUAUACAGGACAGAUUAUGUCAGCUUCUUUCUUAAGAUACAUUGGUACUACUGAGUUCAAGUUGGUUUACCUGAUCUCUUGCAGUACAGGAGAGGAUGCUUAAAUUUUAUCAAAUGAAAUAUAUUUUUCAAAUAUUGGAUAAAAUGAGAUGCUUGCGAAAACGGUCUACAGUGUCAUUCUUGGGGGUUCUUGUUGUUUUUCUACUAUUCAUGAACUUGUACAUUGAAGAUAGCUAUGUUCUGGAAGGCGACAAGCAACUUAUAAGGGAAACAUCGACACACCAACUUAAUUCUGAACGCUAUGUUCACACUUUCAAGGAUUUAUCAAACUUCUCAGGAACCAUAAAUGUCACUUAUCGCUAUCUGGCUGCCACACCUUUACAGAGAAAACGAUAUCUCACAAUUGGACUUUCAUCAGUGAAACGAAAAAAAGGAAAUUAUUUACUUGAGACAAUCAAGUCAAUUUUUGAACAGUCCAGCUAUGAAGAACUAAAGGAAAUUUCAGUCGUAGUGCAUCUAGCAGACUUCAAUUCAUCAUGGCGAGAUGCCAUGGUCCAAGACAUUACACAGAAAUUUGCCCAUCAUAUCAUUGCAGGAAGAUUAAUGGUUAUACAUGCUCCUGAGGAAUAUUAUCCAGUUCUGGAUGGUCUUAAAAGAAAUUACAAUGACCCAGAAGAUAGAGUCAGAUUUCGCUCCAAGCAAAAUGUAGAUUAUGCUUUUCUGCUAAAUUUCUGUGCCAAUACUUCUGACUAUUACGUGAUGCUUGAAGACGACGUUCGGUGUUCCAGAAAUUUCUUAACUGCCAUCAAGAAAGUCAUAGCAUCCUUGGAAGGAACAUACUGGGUAACGCUUGAGUUCUCUAAACUUGGCUACAUUGGUAAACUCUAUCAUUCUCACGAUCUCCCACGUCUGGCCCAUUUCUUAUUAAUGUUCUAUCAAGAAAUGCCCUGCGAUUGGCUAUUGACUCAUUUCCGAGGGCUGCUGGCUCAGAAAAAUGUGAUUCGAUUUAAACCUUCUCUCUUUCAGCACAUGGGGUAUUAUUCAUCCUAUAAAGGGACGGAGAAUAAACUGAAGGAUGAUGACUUUGAAGAGGAGUCCUUUGACAUCCCUGAUAACCCCCCAGCUAGCCUCUACACCAACAUGAAUGUCUUUGAAAACUAUGAAGCAAGCAAGGCUUACAGUAGUGUUGAUGAGUAUUUCUGGGGAAAGCCACCUUCAAUGGGAGAUACGUUCGUUAUUGUCUUUGAAAAUCCGAUUACAAUUAAAAAAAUUAAAGUGAAUACUGGAACAGAAGACCGGCAGAAUGACAUCUUACAACACGGAGCCCUAGAUGUUGGGGAAAAACUUAUUUUUAGCAAACAAAUAAGACAAUGUGAUACUUACUUAAGACUAGGGGAAUUCAGAAAUGGAUACUUUGAAAUGUCAGAUGUGAAUCAAAAAAUUCCCUUUGACAUACAUUGCAUGAGGAUAUGUGUUACCAAAACACAGAAAGAAUGGCUGAUAAUUAGAAGCAUCAGUAUUUGGACUUCCUAGCCAAAUAAAUCCGUAGCUUGAGUUUCUGAAGCAGGUCUUCCUGGUUCAGUUUUUGCUAACUUCCUCUUUUGCUACUGUAGUCUUUUGGAGGGCAACCAAUUGCUGUGCCAUGUCACAUGAAAAAAUGAAUCAUCUCAGCAGUUUUGAUUGUAGUUUUACUAAACACAUCUUUGUAUUUUUUUCCCACUUUUGAGGUUGAAUAUCAUUCUGUAGUUAAAAUUGAUUUCAUUCAUACAUUUAUCUGUUCAUAGUUUCAAAUUUCAACCAAUUGCCAAAAGAGUGAUAUAAAAGGUUUAGCAUGAGAAAAUUCCUUUUAAAAUAAUUAAUUAAUUAAAAAAAGUUGCCAACUGGGCACACUUAUGAAACAGUUGAUAAUUUAUUAUAUGUUUAGAAAGAUUCCUAGUAAGAAUUUAUAAGAAUAUUUGGAUAGGUUGCAAUCAUAAAAUGGGAUAAUUUUUCUUAUAAGUUUAAGCUUUCACUGACUGAUGAAUUUCUACAAUUAAUGCCUCCUCAUAGAAGUGGUAUCUUUACAAAAGACUAUUUGCAUAAGUAGAGCUGUGGGGAAAAAACAGAUUAAAAAGUUGUCAUUCAUCUGGUUAUUUAUAUGAAAAGGAACAUUGCUCAUUGUUUUAAAACAUUUAAUUGAGCACAUAUUGACAUAAAUUUUCCAUGAGAAUAAGUCUAUUUAUAACUUCCCUUUUGAAAAACAAAUAGUUAAUAAUAUUUGAAGGUUGCAUCUGUAAUUAAUAGAGAAAGAGAGAUGGCUUACCGUUAGUCCAUUCGUACAAACAUUUUCAGUAAAUAUAGAAAAAAAUGAAAUUGAUUUUAUACCUUUUAUAUUAAAACUCAUGUGAUUAAAA